AUGCCCACAUUACAAGGCCCACCCGUUAGUGAUUUUGAUGGUGUUAUAACUAAAAAGCCCACUUCAAAGGCUAGUAUUUCAAGUAGUGCUGUAGAGAAAAGGAGUAGCAGGGAGAUUUCACGUGAAGCAGAGAAGGCAGAAUUGGCAAAAAAGAAAACCAAGGAAGCUUGGGAUGACGGCUUGUAUGGAGGUUCGGGUGAUGUUCUUAAUAGAUGCAUGGAGAGUUGCCGUGCUAGACUUGAGGUGUGGAAUGGCGUAGAAUUUGGUAAUGUGGGGAAAACAGUGACUGAAUUACAAAAAAAGUUAGAAUGGUUAGAGCUACAACCUUCAACACCGGAUAUGAUUAGAUCUUUGAGGAACACUGGAAUUAAGUUGAAUUGUUGGAUGGAUAAGGAAGAUGAUAUGUGGAGGCAAAGAUCAAGAAUUAGUUGGAUGCAAUUUGGGGAUAGAAAUACUAGGUUUUUCCAUGAGAAAGCUUCAGUAAGAUACAAGAAGAAUGUCAUAGAGGGUUUAAUGGAUGAGAAUGGUAGGUGGUUGGAGGGAGAUGAGGAUGUGGAGGAGUUGAUGUUGCAGUACUGUGAGAGGCUUUUUACUAGUAGUGAUCCUACGGAGUUCGCAGAAAUUCUAGAUGUAGUUCAAUGUAAAGUCACCCCUAGGAUGAAUCAGGUUCUUGUAAGGGAGUUUUCAGAAGUUGAAGUGAAAAAUGCCAUUAAGCAAAUGUACCCUUUGAAGUCCCCUGGUCCGAAUGGCAUGCCUCCACUGUUUUAUCAACACUUUUGGCCCAAGAUUGGUGGUGUGGUUACUUCAAUAGUUUUGGCUUUCCUCAAUUCAGCAUAUGAGAUGAUGCAUCAUAUUAGUCAAAAGAAGAGUGGAAGAGUGGGUGAUUUGGCUCUAAAGCUUGAUAUGAGUAAGGCAUAUGAUAGGGUAAAGUGGAUAUGGUUGGAAAAAAUUAUGCAAAAGUUGGAUUUUGAUGAUAAAUGGUGUGCUUUGAUUAUGAAGUGUGUCACUGCUGUUUCUUAUUUUGUGAAGAUUAAUGGAAAGCCUAAAGGCCAUAUUGUUCCAAGUAGGGGAAUUAGGCAGGGUGAUCCACUAUCACCUUAUCUAUUCUUGUUAUGUGCGGAAGGGCUUUCUGCUCUUAUUAAGAAAGAGGUGGAGAAUGGAAGAGCUUUUUUAGAGGAGUGUGAUGCCCUUCAGAGGGUGUUGAGGGUUUAUGAGGGUGCUUUGGGGCAGCAGUUAAAUCGUACUAAAACUUCUCUGUUUUUUAGUAGUAAUACUUUUAUUGAUAUUCAAGAAGUCAUCAAAGAGAGUUUUAGGGCCCAAGUAAUUAAGCACCAUGAAAAAUAUCUUGGUUUGCCAUCAUUGGUGGGUAGGAAUAAGAAGAACACUUUCAAUUCUAUCAAGGACAAAUUAAGAAAAAAGCUUGCUGGAUGGAAAGAGAAGUUAUUGUCAAAGGCGGGGAAAGAAGUGUUGAUAAAAGCUGUGGCACAAGCAAUUUCGACGUAUACUAUGAGUGUUUUCAAAUUACCUGACUCUCGUUGUGAGGAUUUGACUAGUAUGAUUCGUAAUUUUUGGUGGGGGCAAAGAAAUGAUGAGACGAAAAUAGCUUGGAUGAGUUGGGAGAAAUUAUGUGCUUCAAAGAGUUGUGGAGGGAUGGGUUUUAAAAAGUUUAAGGAGUUCAACUUGGCUUUAUUGGCAAAGCAAGGGUUGUUCAUGCCACAAGAUAUGAAGGUUGGAGAACUGAUAAAUAAGAAAGAGGCUUCAUGGAAGGUUGGUGCUGUUGAUGCCUUGUUUUUGUCGCAUGAAGUAGAGGCUAUAAAAGCAAUCCCUAUAAGUUCUAAUCUACCAUAA